AUGAACAUUUGCAACACGCAUGAACAACAGUCAAAUCGUGGUGAUUCUAACGACCGUCCUGCUAUGGCAUCCGCAUAUUCAUCAUCGCCAUUGAGUGAUAAUGGAGGUCACCAGGAAGGGGAGAGGCGUUUGGUGGAAAUUAGGGGAAAAGAUACAGUGAAGGUGCGGAAGGCGGUUAAUGACAGUACCCUUUCGGGGAAGGCGGCCAGUCGGGAUAUUGCAGUGGUGGCAGCGAGUGAGUUCAACAGUUUGAGGGAAGGAUCCACGAUGACUGAGAAAGAACGAGAGCUCGCAAGACGCAGGCAGGCCCGUGAGGAGUAUGGCGAGAGAAUGCGCAAGUCGAAAGAGCGGAAGGAUAAGAUGGUCAAGAUGGAAGAGGAGAGGAAGAGGAAUGCGUUGAGGAGCACCAAUGAGGUCAAUGAUAAAGCUGAACGGAAUUCGGUGUUGCAACGGGCUAGGGAUAAGUUGGAUGAGGACAUGGACGAUGUGAAGCAUAUGAACCGAAUGAUGCUUUACUCGAAAGUGGCGACUAUAAGAGAUGCACAAGUCCAAGAGAAAAGAUAUAUACAUGCAGAGAGGGAGGAGGAAGAGCAACAGCUCGAUGUAAUGUCCGAGAUAGAGAGGCUCAAGGCUCUGAAGAUGUAUGAAGAACGCAACAGAAAGCGAGCAGUGGAUCAACGUCGUGGAGCUUCUGUGAUUAUCGAGCAAAUUAAAGAUCGUCAACAGAAUCGACUGAGGGAGGAGGAACAGCGGGACCGAGAGAGAGGCUUUAUAUUAAGACAGAUAGAGGCGUUGAAGGAAGAGGAGAUUGCACAGCAAAUAGAGAAGAGAGUAGCUGCAGCGAGGUUGGUUGAAGAGGUCAAUGCGGCUAAUGCUGCAGCUCUGAAAAUUAAAGAGGAACGCUUGAUUGCGGAGAAGCUGGAGGAACAGAAGAUAGUUGAGUAUCAAAGGAUGAAGGAACAGAAGGCUAAAGCAAGAGAGGAGCGCUUAGCUGUAGCAGAGGCUGCAGCCAAGGAAGCGGAAUUCGCACGUCUUCGUGCGCAGCAACAACGCGCUCAAGAUAAGGCUGCCGACAUGGAUGCACUUCGAGCCAAGAGGGCUAUCGAGGCUGCAGAACGACAGGCCCGACAGAAGGAGCUCAUUGAGAUUCGAAGGUUGGAAGCUAUCAAUGAGGAGUUGGCUAAGGCUAGGGAGAAACAAGCAGAGGAGAAGGAGAGGCGUCUAGCUGAGCAGGCUAUGUUGGAGAGGGAGGAGUUUGAGAGGAUAGUACUGAUACAAAUGCAACAGGAAGAGGCUGAGAGGGUGAGGGCCGAGGAGGAGAGGCAACAAAGGCAUAACCAUUGCGAGGAGUUGAAGAAACAAAUACAGGCUCGGGAGGAAGCCAGUAUGCAAGCCCGUCGUGAUUUCUUGGAGGAAGGGAAUGUCGUAAGAGCGCAGAUCGCAGCGGAGAGGAAAAAGUUGGUGACAAUUAAACAGAAGAAGAUCGAAAAGCUGAAGGCUGCUGGAGUGCCUGAGAAGUAG